UUACCCUCUUCAAAGGGAGAACUAACAAGUCUGGACUCUUGGAUACUUAACGCAGUCACGUUCUCAGCCUGUAUGUCUAUCUCCCUUCUCCUCCUCUUUCUCUUUCUCUUCCUCUGUAACCAGGCGCAAGCAGCGGCGCAGCGCUCACCGGUACACCGGCAUCAAUUUUACGGAGUUCCCUUUGACAAUAUCCUGCCUUUCUUCCCAGUAGAGUAAAAGGAAGAGAAACCACUAUCACUGUUAUCACCGUCAUUGCCACUGCCUCCACUGCAACCGUAGGUGUCGACCUUGCUGCCGCCACCCAUCUUCAAUCUAAUUUGGUUGAAGGGAAGAAGUCACUUUUAUACUGUUAAUACAGGGGAAUCUCUUUGCACCAAUUUUAGUAAGUGAUAAUAAAGUGAUGUAGUGAAUUUUAAAAGGUGGCUGCUGAAGAAGCCUAACCUUGUUUCAAAACUAUGGAUCUUGACUCGCAAACUAUGUCACAAGUAUCAUCACCUUAUAAUUUGCUUGGUGACUUAGCAAAUGAUCAUGUUGACUUGCUUGUGGCAUGUGGUCUCUGCGGAGGAGCACUUUCAUUGGAGGAUGAGGUCAACCGUGGUCUCCAGUCUGUCAGCAUAUGUGAUGACUGUAAAUUUCUAUUGCUUGAGGAUUUUGGCACCCCAGCGCAUAACUCUGUUCGAAGAAGGCUAGCUAGAAGAAGGUCAAUAAAUGGUAGUUCUGAUUCGAUUGAAAAUUUUUCCCAACAGUUCUCACAAAUAAUUAACCAAGCAAGGCAUAUUGAGUCUGAGCAUGAAGAAGUUCGUGGAGAUACUGAUUCUAAUGUGAUGGUAAUGCAGCCGACAAGCUCUCGUACCACUCCUAGUGGUUCUAGAAGAUGGCGGAGAAUAUUUUCUGAUACGGAAAGUGAUGGAUUUAAUUCUGAUUCAUUUUACGGUGAGAGUGAAUCAAAUGUCAGUGUUGGUGCAUACAGGAUUCAUCAUGGUGAUAGCGAUGCCAUAUCUUUUAGUAGUUAUGAAAAUGAUUCUGCUGCUUCAGUUGAUGGAAAUUCCUAUUUGGAUACAGACAUGUUAGUCCAGUUCAUUGAGAGAAGUGACUUUGGCAGUGACUCUGAUAUUGAUCCAAUGCAUGCUGGUGCCAUAAACUGGAAUUUUGAUGAGCAUGGACUGGAAGGUGGUGAGUCAGGAGAAGCCAAUGUUGAGGAGAAUACAGUUAGUCCUCAGGAAUUUGGAGCUCGUAUAAACUCAAUUUUUGGCAGUGAUAAUUUUGGUGAACACAGUAUUACAGAGUUUUCCGAGUUUGAGGGAAUGAUUCGUCGGAGAAUCAAUGAAAUUAGGGACCUCCAGAUUCCCAACAUUCAAAUGUUCGGUGAAGCACCUUACAGUGCUAAUCCCGAGGACUAUCUUGAUGCUCGAGAAUUUGAAGAGUUGAUGGAGAAUAUUGCCGAGAAUAGCAACUCUAGACGAGGAGCACCCCCAGCUGCCUUGUCUUUCAUUCAGAAUCUGCGUCUCAUUGUCAUUUCUGAAGAGCAGCACAAAUCUGAUGGCUUAGUAUGUGCAAUUUGCAAAGAUUUGUUGAUGGUUGGCACAGAAGUUAAUCAACUUCCCUGCUUUCAUCUAUAUCAUCCGUCAUGUAUAUUGCCAUGGUUGAGAGCAAGGAAUUCAUGCCCCCUUUGUCGUUAUGAACUUCCUACUGAUGACAAAGAUUAUGAUUUAGGAAAGCGUGAUACUAACCUUAACCGCGGAAUGAUCAUUUCAGAAAUCCAGCCUCAGGAGGAGGAUAGGGGUGAUAUUUCGUCAGUCAACACUGAUAUGAGUGUGGACGUAGUAGAAGAUUUUUCAUCUACAUCGGGAGAUAUAGGUCCUGCUACAAAUCUUUCACAUACAAAUAACAGGAGGAUGGGUGGAUGGCUAUUUCUUGCAGCAGGCCCUAUAGUUAGCCUUGUUGGAAUUGUGUUAGUGCUCUGUCUAGGCAAUGCGAACCGUGAAGGAGGAAGAAGAGGCCUUGACCUAGAUAAUUGGCGUUCCCUACCCAUCCAGACUUCUAGUUUGUGCCCUCAUAAUCAGCAGGAAAAGAAGUGGUGGUGGUGGGGGUGGUGAUUUUAGUCACUGAGAACAAAAAUCAUUGUUUCUUAGUGCUCAUAUUUUGGGACACGAGUAGAGGUUUGGAAUCAGAUCAGGGGUGCUACAAAAUAGAGUUGUCGUGUCUUUGCUGAUGGUAAGAUGGUCGUUAAUCAUUAUACACGAUCUAUAUGCUAUAUAGUUGCUUUGCUACUAGUAUUACUGGCGAUGCAGUCUUUCACUUGGUGUUGAAAUUUAACAACUCCCUAAUUGUGAUUGUGAUUGUAGAUGGAAUGUAGUCGUGUACCGCUUCUUGUACGUUGGUACUUGUAACAUUCCAUAUCCGUUGUCUUCUUUAAAUUUUUGAGGAAUUGGAAUUUUUUUUUUCUUUUAUAAA